CGGAGUCCCCAAACUCAGAACUCUGACGGGUUUCGGGACCAGGGUUUUCAAUGUGCCGUGCAACCAGCCUUGUACGUUCUAGAAUCUUUCCAAGGCUGACUUUAGUUGUUCACGCUCUCUGCAGCGGUAUUCGCAUCCAACUUCCUGCAGAACGAAUUAAGAGGGAGAACUGGAGCCUUGGCACAUGAAUUUGUUAAUUAAAGUUGCACAUGUAAACCUCUUACUUGAAUUACUUCACUUGCACAGCUUCACAUCACACCUUAAAAAGAGGUCAUAUGCUGUGCGAUCAAUUAUGGGGAAUAGGCUCAAGUUAUACAACUCUAGUAGGCUUAAACCGCUAACUAUGUAGUGGUCUGGGCACUUCAGGAGGUUAAGUUACAGAGCUGCUCGUAUAUUUUGUUCAGCCUUAUAUAUCGGCAUGUAUCUCUUCUUAGGAUUCAUUUGUAAAUGGAUAGCGUGGGUGUGUGGUGGAUUCCGAGGUGAUGGAGAACAACAUCCCAAUCAAGCUCAUAGCAGUCUCUACACCGACCAUGGCGACUGCCCCCGCACACCUGAAGAUGCGGAGAGUGAUGACGUCCACAAUCUCGGUAGCCCUGCUGUUCACCUUCAUCGCGUCCUACAACAGACCAAGUAUGACAUUUUCAUAAACCACCGGGGUCCUGACACAAAGCUGACGUUUGUCACCCACCUCCAAGAGGGGCUAAAGGAGAAGCAGUACACUCCGUUUGUGGAUAAGUCACUGGGAGAGGGAAAACAAGUCUUCGAGGAGAUCGAAGCAGCCAUUCGAGACACACGGGUUCACUUGGCCAUAUUCUCUCCUGGGUACGCUGAGUCUAAAUACUGCCUCGAUGAACUGGUUUCUAUGCUAGAAUGUAGACGAAAGAGUCCCAAUGGCGCUGUCACCUUGGUGCCUGUCUUUUACGACGUGAAGCCUCAAGCACUUCGCAGGCCCGAUUUACCUGGAAGUCCUUUCUGGCACGCGUUCCAGCAGAAAAAACUCAGAUAUUCUGAUCAGCGAAUCUCAGCGUGGAAGAAAGCUCUACAUGAUGCAGCGGAUAUCAAAGGAUUUGAGUUCAAAAUCGGCGAAGAUACGAAUGAGCUCAAAAAGAAAAUCAUCAACCGGGUGCAGGAACUAAUUGCACCACGAAGCGGACAAAGCAGGAAACAGUCGGUCCCGAGCCCAAAUGUUGGAGGCGAGGUGCUACUGAAAGAAACACUCAGACGGUUGGAAGAAAUGGGGGACAACGUGGGAAUACUAGGCAUAUGUGGCAUGGGAGGCAUUGGCAAAACAACAUUGGCCCAGGAAGUCUACAACCACUACUCCACAGGUGGAAAAUUCCUGUACCAAACCUUUCUGAAGAUUGGAGACAUCAAGGACACGAGCCACUUACGAAAACAGGCACUCCGCGACCUCCUCAACAAAAAAGAGAAGAACUUAGAUGAAAGAUACGUGAACCACUUCGAGGGCCUCGCUGGAGUGAAAGUGUUGGUUGUCUUAGACGACAUAUCCAACGUCGAACACUUCAAGGAACUUGUUCCCAACAUGAAGAAGCUGGGCGUGGGAAGCCGAAUAAUACUAACUUCACGUGAGAGGGAUACGAUGAGAGCCAUCAUGAGCGAAGCACCGUCUCGAUUUGGUUCCUACUUGCAUGAAAUGAAGCCGUUGGAAGCUACUGAUUCGUUUAAUCUUUUUUGGUUCCACGCUUUCCAUGACAGAGAACUUUCAAAGGCCGAGGACGAAAUGUUUCGCCCUCUCGCACUAAUGGUGGUUAAUAAUUUGUGUGGAGGUCUUCCCUUGGCAUUGAAGGUUAUCGGACAACAUUUGUAUGGAAAGCCGCAGGAAGUGUGGAGAGAAGCAACCAUGUCUCUAAAGGAUAGACCUGAUAUCAUAAAUGUCCUUAGCAUCAGUUACAAGGGUCUAAAGGAACAAAACAAGAUGAUGUUCUUAGAUGUCUCUUGCCAAAUGGUUGGUUUGCUGGAGGAGGAUGCCAUCGACAUCUGGAAAUCUUGUGGGUCUUGCAAGUCCCGUUACUGCAUGACUUCUAAAAUGGUCCAUGAUUCCUUGCAAAUUCUGAAAGACAAGUCCCUUGUGGAAGUAGACAAAGAUAGAAGAAUGACCAUGCAUGACCUCCUUCGUGAGAUGGGCAAAAAGAUGGACGAGGUGGACAAGAUUGGUAGUUUGAAGAAAGAAGGACAUUGGUGCCACCUAUGGGAUCCUCUUCUCGUUAAAUAUUACCUCACGGAUGACGAGGGGUCAAAGGAAGUAAGAGGAUUGUCACUGGUUGGGGCGAAGCAAACAGAUUUUGCUGGAUUGGAGUUUAAAAUGAUGUCUGAGAUCCACUUGAUGCAACUAGAUGGAGCUCGAAUUGAGGGGGAUUUCUCCCUACUAUCCAAGAAGAUACGGUGGCUGCAGUGGAGAUCCUCGUUUCUCAGAGAGCUGCCUCCUAGAUUGCACAUGCAGGUUUUGGUAAUCCUGGAUCUCUCAAAUAGUUACAGCUUAGCUCGACUUUGGUCAGACGAUGAUGCACAGGCCGUGCCCAGUUUACUGAGAGUGUUACUCCUUCAGAACUGCACAGCAUUGGAAGAGCUACCAGAGACCAUCAAACUACUGACCAUGCUUAGAAUACUGAACGUUCAUGGGUGCAAAAGACUGAAACUGUUACCAGGCUGUCUGGGCGACCUACAAGGACUUCAAGAACUUAAUUUGAAUGAGUGCGAGAAUCUGGAAAGGCUGCCCGAGGGCAUGGUCAAGCUAUCAAACCUCAAGGCAUUGUCAUUGGACGGCUGCAGUAAAAUUGCGACCCUAUUCUCAACCGAAGACGGAGAGCUGGGAGCAAAUCUUAUCAAAUUUUCUGCUUUAUGUGCUUCCAGCCUCACCAAACUAUCGGGACCAAGCAUACAUUUGCACCUUGAGAAGGCCUCACCCGCUGGUUAAAAGUCUGAAAGGUGGAGACAAAGUGUGUGUGUUUGCUAGAUCUGUGUACAAAGAAUGGAGGAUCACAGUCAUGAAGGGGAGCAUCUGCGUUGCAUAUAACCGGCCCGACCAGGGAUUGAGGUCGGAUGUUCUCGACGGUUUAGUUUUGAAAGAUGGUGUGAGUGACACUCGGCAUACGUUUCGAGCUGAGCCGUUUCCACUUGUCCUUCAGGUUGCCAUUUUACCCAUGCUAAUCUCAAUCUUUGAUGAAAGCGGUGUUCGAAUUGGUCAGGACAUCAAACGCGUUGUUGCCCGCCCUUCUCAUGAUAAAAGUGAUGCCAAAGCUAUCCGCUUCCGAAUGGUGCAUUCUCGUUUCCUCCGACGAUGUGAUAUAUGCGAAACGCUCAUCACAGGUCAACGUGGUUGGCAUUGCAACGUGUGUAAUGAGUUUGACAUGUGUGAAACUUGCUUCAAGGAAUCGGAGACUGAGAAUUGGGAGCCUCCUCCACCCCAUCGGUCGGGCCAUCCCAUGUCAGUCUUUCAGGCACCCAACCCAGCUGAAUCUGAACCAAUUUUGAUGCCGAAUGAACAGGGUGUAUACCCGUCCAAUUGGGGGAUCAAUUGGGGGUAUGUGGUGUACGAUUAUCCAACUAUGCGGUGGUGUGAAACUUUUGACUUCAUUCGUUGAGACUUAUAAGGUUCUCACUGCAGUGAGAGGUGUGGUUGUAACCGUGACAAUUGAAGGCCAUGAGAAGAUAAUACAACACAAGAGUACCAAUGCGAGAUUCAUUUA